AUGGAUUAUGAUAUGUCCGGUAUUAAUAUCGACGAUGAGACAAUUGCUCAUUUUGCAUUGUUAGCAGAUAGUGACCCAAUAACUUUUGAAAGUGUUGUUCAAGAAGCAAAAUGGAAGGAGGCAAUGGAUGUUGAGAUUUCAGCAAUUGAAAAAAAUGACACUUGGGAGCUUACUGAUCUUCCAAAAGGGCAAAAGAGCAAACACAUUGAUGUGGAAUUUCACAUCCUGAGAGAUCUCACAAAGGAGAAGAUCAUUGAUGUUGUCUACUGCAGAAGUGAAGACCAAGUUGGUGAUAUUUUAACCAAGCCUCUCAACUAUGCAGCAUUUGUGAAGCUGAGAAAGCUAUUGGAAGUUUACACUUUGAGGGAGGCUGCUGUUGGUGAAGAAAAGUAA